AUGUUCAAUGGAAAUUUUUUAGACUGCAAACCUGGUACUCUUUCAUCGAAACUUGUAAGAGGAAAAGCUAUUUUCUGCUGGAGAGUAGGUAUUUCAGAGUCGUUAGAAGUGCGAAGAACAGGUGGCAUAGCAACUGUGCUAGGAAAUGCUUUUCAUGAACGAGUAGCAGUGUGCCAGCCAUACUUGAUUCCAUCGACCAUAGUUUCUUCGACAAUCAAUGUUCACGAUUACAUUAAAUCUAAUCGCAAUCUAAAUGUCAAGUUGAUUCAACCAAAGACCAUCAUAGGUACCGAACCAGCUCCAUUCAUGGCUCGGUUCACAGCUAGGGGGUCGAGUGCUAUCCAACCUAACAUUCUCAAGCCUGAUAUUGCAGCCUAG